UCGGGCAUCAACGGAUUAGUAUCUGGUGAUAAAUGUUCCGAAUCUUGUCUUGUCUUGUCACUGCAUUUCCGUCUGUACCAGCCACAAUUACGACAUUUGUUUCUUGCCGAUUGCACAGAGGCACAUGAUGGUCACGGUGUUGAAAUAACUACAUUAAUUUUAGUACAUUAGUGCCUGCUCUCCAGAAUAGUUCCCAGUUGACGAUCUGUAUUGAUAGUGCAACCCUUUCUUUUCACUUAGUUUAUUUCGUCCUCGACUGCGGCCAUUUUCUGGCGAUCACCUACGUUCAGAAAUGAAGACGACCAGAUCUCUCACAGCCGCCCUUAGCAUACUGCUCGUUGGCCUCAUGUGCAGUGUCCACGGAGGCUCGUUGCAAGCACGCACUACGCGUCGGAGCGGCCUCUUGUAUUACAAUGGAGGAUACUGGAAGCCUGCCACAUCAUCCGGUGCUGACUCGGGAUUACCCUCACCGAAAACCGAGGGUGCUGCGUGCAAGGAUGUCCUGGAGAGGAACGGACAAUACCACUGGGAUGGCUUUUACUCACUCACCAGCAGUGCUGGUAAGAAGUACCGCGCAUAUUGCGAUACGACUCUUGAAGGCGGUGGCUGGACCCUGUUCGCUAGCAAGACGUCACUCAGCACACCGAUAAUUUCGAACACGUUUAGUGAAAUCGCCGCUGAAUCUACUGACAACGAUGCAGCUGGCUGUAUCCCGUCGAGUUCGUGGUCGCAAGUCCUGUUCCGAUUCAAGAAGGAUGGUGGCAAGUCUCGUUUGAUCUACACGCGUAGUCAUGGCAAUGCCGAUUUUGACAACUUUCUCACGUGUGGUAAGCGCGGCAGAGCCGAGAUGUUCCGCAAAGUGGGCGGAUUCUAUUCGUUUUCGCUCCACAACCACAACCGACGCAGCCCGGCAGCUAACUUUUAUACUAUUCCCAAGCUCCAUUUCAAAUCCAAUGGGAUAGCGGAGAACUUCGCAUGGACUGACCAUUGGCUGGGAAUGUGGGAUACGCCUGACGGCACAAACAAGUAUCGUUACUCAAACACCGCAGCGGCUAGGGGUCGAAAGUGUAUUGCAGGAACCUGUUACAGCUCGGACACAAUCUGGCUGAUGUAUCGCUAAGGAGUAAGGCACCUCACCAGUACAAUCAUGAAUGUCAUUAGAACAGAAUCGCUUGCUUGUGAAAGGUUGUAAAGAAAUAAAGAAAUAGCAGAUAAAGAACAAAUCACAGCCCGGCUCCUGUUAGGCUGUUUUGCUUCUGUCCCGGUGCAACGUUCACAUCAUUGCCAAGACCAGCUUCUACCACAGCGUCGCUCUAGAGAAAGGUCAUACAAGUAGUAAUGUCGAGUGCCUCAGUACUCGGUCAGUUGUGUGCCUAGUUAUUGCACUUUCUGACUGUACAUGUAUAUAGCAUCUAGUUAUAGUAGUGGACAGUUACUCGGAACUCGUAUCCAUACAUGUUUGUCCUUUUCCUUUCUACAUCUAUUAUUGGAUCAACAUCCGAGCUUCGUAUCACAAAAGCUAGCCAUUUUGUACUUCCAUUGUACAUGUACAUGUACAUGUACAUGUACUCAAUUCGAUUCGCCUGUGCACAAUGUACAUGUACAUCUACAUCUACAUGAUUGUACAAACGUGCAUGUAGACUAUCAGGUUCACCAGCAAUGCGUACUGCAACGUAAUAAAUCAUUAUUGUACAUGGCCUCUAUUCAUACCAGUGCUGAUCACCCAGUUGAUCCGAUAUAAUGAUCUGGAAUCGAUAACUCGCACAAACAAUUAGAGUGAACAUUUUUAGAAUACACAUGUACAUGCACACGCACGUACGCGCACUGCCUGUCUGUAUGUCGCUGUUUCUGGCUACCGGUAUCUGUCGCUGUCUCCGUCUGUCGCUCUUUCCCUCCUUUUGAAAUUACUUCCUUUCUUUGCCGACGCACCCUCCGCCCUCUUGUACAUGUACAUGUAUAAUGUAUAAUGUAAGUC